GUCCCUCACCUGGGAGGAGGCAGACUGGGGACCAUGCAGACCCAAAGGGCCAUCCUCGUGCUGGGGCGGUGGUCACCGUGGCUUCUGCUGCUGGGGCUUGUGGUGUCCUCGACCAGCGCCCAGGACCUCAGCUACAGGGAAGCCGUGCUUCGUGCUGUGGAUCAGCUCAAUGAGCGGUCUUCAGAAGCUAAUCUCUACCGCCUCCUGGAGCUAGAACCACCUCCCAAGGAUGAUGAAGAUCUGGGCACUCGAAAGCCUGUGAGCUUCACGGUGAAGGAGACUGUGUGCCCCAGGACGACUCAGCAGCCUGCGGAGCAGUGUGACUUCAAGGAGGAAGGGCGGGUGAAGCAGUGUGUGGGGACAGUCACCCUGGACCCGUCCAAUGACCAGUUUGACCUAAACUGUAAUGCGCUCCAGAGUGUCAGGAUACGCUUUCCAUGGCCAUGGCGAUGGCCAUGGUGGCCCAGAUUCCGAGGUUGAUGGACAAGAACUGUUGGAUCCCGAGCCUGGGGAAGAGUCCUAAGUGUCUGAUUUGUUCAGAUUCAGGCUUCUGGACAGUGAAAAUAAAUUCUUGUGAAAACAGGUUC